AUGUUACCGGACUUCUUAUGUAGACCACUGAUCAUGUUAUUUGGCAUAUUAUAUCCAGGAUAUAUGUCAUACAAAGUGCUCAAGACAAAGCGAUCAACAAAUUAUGGGAUAUGGCUAAUGUAUUGGAUAACCUUUUCGAUGUUCACUUCAGUAGAGACCAUAACAGACAUAUUUAUUGGUCCUUGGUUGCCAUUUUACAAUGAGCUGAAGCUAUUGUUUCUUUACAUGACUUAUCCAACUUCAGACAGCUCUCUAACUUAUGUGUACAAAAAUAUUAUAAGUCCAUUUAUAAAACGACAUGAAAAGGAUAUUGAUGCUCAAAUAAGCAAUUUUAAGAAAGGUGGCUUACAGACCUUGAUGAUAACAGGCAAAAAUUGUACAAAUAUUUUCUUGAAGCUGGCUAUAAAAGCUUUCCAAAUUUAUGGGAUACAAGCUGUUCAGUUACAAAAUAUUAGUAUGAAUAUAGAUACAACCUUGGUUGAGAAUAGCGAACCAGAUGGAGAUAUUAAUUGGGAAGAAGUCAUUAAUGAUUCUGAAGACGACACUUCAUUCAAGAUGACUAGUUCAUCAGAAUCUAUAACUUCUUUAGUAAGAGAGGAACCACCUGAAUAUUCUUUCUCAGACAUGUAUGGAAAUGCACAGACAAAAGACAGUGGAAUAACAUAUGAUCCACCGUCAUCUAACACACGAAGAAGAAAAAAAGCACCUUGA